UGCUUACUGCUUAGGUUGCUUUUGAGAGACUUUGAAUAAGCGUUGAUCACGGCGUUUUAAGAUCUCUCAAUCCAAAGAAAAUGCAAACAAUAAUUGCUCUUGCUCCAUUAGUUUCUCAUCGUCUCUGUCUUGCUCCUCCUCCGUUCCCUCGCCACCGUCUUCUCUGCCGCCGUGCUCCUUCGAUCCGCCUCCCAAGCCACCGUUCUUCUACCACCUCCUUCCGCCUCCUCUCCUCCUUCGCAGCGAGUCGGGACAGUGAAAUGGCAACUGAAGAUGGGCAAGAUCCGAGAAUCCCUAAGAUCGCCUCUUCCAUUAGAGUCAUCCCCGACUUCCCUAAACCAGGGAUCAUGUUUCAUGACAUAACGACGCUUCUACUCGACACUGAAGCCUUUAAAGAUACCAUUGAUUUGUUUGUUGAAAGAUACAAAGGGAAAGGCAUCUCUGUUGUUGCAGGUGUUGAAGCUAGGGGUUUCAUUUUUGGCCCUCCUAUUGCGUUGGCUAUUGGUGCGAAAUUCGUUCCCAUGAGGAAGCCCAAGAAGUUACCUGGGAAGGUUAUCUCUGAGGAGUAUUCACUGGAGUAUGGAACAGAUAAGAUUGAGAUGCAUGUAGGAGCAGUAGAGCCUGGUGAGCGUGCUAUUAUCAUAGAUGACCUCAUUGCCACUGGUGGUACACUCUCUGCUGCUGUCCGACUACUUGAGCGAGUAGGAGUGAAGAUUGUGGAGUGUGCUUGCGUGAUUGAGUUACCAGAGUGUAAGGGAAGGGAGAAACUAGGAGAGACGCCUCUAUUUAUCCUUAUAAGCUCGGCUUAACAAAGAAACCUCAAGGGAAAUGGGGUUAUAUAUUAUUGGAUCAAGUCUUUGAUGCUAUAUUUUUUUUCAUGUAUGGUGAGACUUUUUGCUUGAGAUUUGAUCAUUGUUGUUUCAAAACUUAUCAUAAAUUGGGAUUCGAUUGCAGCUCUGACUGUUUGAUCUAAAAGAGAAAAAAACCCGAUUAAAUAAAGUGUUAUGGGUUUUAUUUAUAGGAUCGAAUUGUAACUGGAAAAA